GCCAAAUUUUUUUGGAUUGCCGAAUUUUGAAAUGGCAUCCUCCCAUGCUCUCUCUGUAGGUUCUGUUAAGGCAAUUUAUGCCGGAGAAACCACGCAACAAGCAGUACUGCAGGUUUUGGAGCUAAAAAAGAUAAUACCAAGCGGACAAAAUGUGCCACAAACAGAAAGAUACCGCAUGGUGCUUUCUGACUCUAGACACUACCAACAAUCCAUGCUAUCGACUCAGUUGAACGCUUUGGUGAGAGAACAAAAGGUUCAGACUGGUUGUUUAGUGCGGUUGUUAGAAUAUGUGGUUAAUGAUGUGGCACAGAAACGAAUCAUAAUAGUCUUGAACUUAGAACCUGUAACAGGACCUCUCGAAAAAAUUGGCAACCCCGUAAACGUAGAACAAGCACAAAACGUUCAAACAGGGCUAGGCUCCAAAAUGCGGGACAAUCUUUCCGAGCAACCGAGCAGGGUGCCUUCCUCAACUGACCUCAAGCAACCCCAAACUUUGCCAGAGUUUCCAAACAAAAUUACCAGAGAAAGUGAGAAACAUAAUGCUUCAGUUCCACUUUCUGCGAAUUCUGUUAAUAUUCAAUCGAAUCGAACUCAGUCAUUUCACGUAAAGAGCGAAUCAGGUCCUGUCGUGAAAAUGGAGCCUUUUGUUGGAAGCAAUUUAGAGCCCGUGCAAAGUAUUGCUUCGUUGAAUCCAUACCAAAACAAGUGGAUAAUUAAAGGAAGGGUUUCUAGUCGUGGCGAAAUUCGUCAUUAUCAAAAUGCGAAAGGUGAAGGUUCUGUAUUCAGUUUUGAAAUUAUGGAUUCUACUGCAAGCAUUAAAGUAACAGCCUUUCGCGAAAAUGCCUCUUCUUUGUACAAGUUGAUCGAAAUUGGAAAGGUUUAUCGCAUUUCGAAGGGUGUAUUAAAGCCUGCAGACAAGCGAUUCAACAAAACAUCAUUUGAAUACGAAAUGAUCGCUGAUAAUAACACAGAAGUUGUCCCUGUUGAAGACGUUGGAGAAGUUCCAAAUGUUAUUUUUCAUUUUACAAAAAUCGCGAACCUGGAAAACAUUGUUGCAGGCCAAUUCUGCGACGUACUUGGUAUAGUGAAGGAUGUCUCCGAGUUGUCUUCAGUAGUCUCGAGAACUACGGGUAUUACCCUGGCAAAGAGAACUGUUGUUUUGAUGGACGACAGUCUGAAAACCAUUCGGCUAACAUUAUGGAAAGAUAUAGCAGAAAAUUUACUCCAUUCUUCCGAAGGUAACCCUAUCUUGCUGUGUAAAGGAGUUCGACGAGGAGACUUUAACGGAAUCUCUUUGGAUGCAACUGUUCAAUCAUGUUUUGAAGUAAACCCUGAUAUUGCAGAAGCACAUGAGUUGCGCGGUUGGUAUGAGACGACUGGUAAACACCAGGAAACGAGUUCAUUAGAGGGAGCAACCUCCUUGUCACUUGGAAAUACAAAGGAAAGGAAAACCAUUUUGCAGGCUAGCGAGGAAGACAUCCCUAAACUCAUAAAUGAUCCUCGUGGUGUGCAAUUUAUAGUACGUGGAUAUUUACAUUAUAUUCGGAAGGAAGGAACUUUAUGGUACACAGCCAGCCCCGAUGAUAACAAAAAGGUUACGAAACUGGACGAAAAUCGUUGGGUAUGCGAUGCUACCGGAAAGGAGUAUUCUUAUUGCAACUAUCGUUAUAUUUUAUCUGUCGCCAUACAAGAUGCAACCGGUUCCUUAAAUGCAAAUGCUUUUGAUGAUGUUGGUUCACGCCUGAUUGGUCGAUCAGCUGAAGAACUAGCUGCCAUUUACGAACGUGAUAGAGCGGAAUUUGAUGCCAUAAUUGAUGAUGUUCUUUUUAAGCCAUUCAUUUUUCGUAUAAGGGCGAAACAGAAUACGUGGAACGACGAAUUACGUCUUCGAUACCACAUCGUUAACGUGGAACCGAUUCACUUUAGUUCAGAAUCGCAAUUAUUGUUGAACGAAAUUCAGGCGUUCACAAUCUGUUGAACUGUGAGAGUAAAAGACAAUAAACAAUU